AUGUCAGUUUACUCUGUUAUGGAAUCAAUGGCAUUAUUUAUCCUCGUGUUAUUUUGUGUUCAAUCUCUUGCCAAGCCACGUAGUAAUAUACGUAGAAACUUCGCCACAAAAUCAAGAUAUCCUGUGUAUAAUGACGACAUAGUUCAUAUUCCCCCUGGGUGCACCCCACUACAUCUUAAUAUGGUGUUUCGACAUGGCACCCGCUACCCUGGAAAGAAAGAUAUCAACGGCAUGUCUGAAUUAGCCAAUUACAUCAACCAGUUUCAUGAUAAAGGUACAAUUUAUGGAGAUAUGAAGUUUCCUUGGGUCAACCGUUUCAAAUAUGGUGAUAAGUUUCUAGCAAAAGUUGGCGCAGAGGAAUUGUAUAAUAUCUCAAAACGAAUACACAAAAGAUUUCAAUCACUUUUCACACCAAACUACUCUGGGGAACAACAUUAUUUUGUGAGUACCAUGACACCACGGGCAAGCCAGAGUGCAUCAGCAUUUGCUUUCGGUCUUUUUGAAGGGACAGGAAACCUUGGACCAUCAAAAUUUCAACCUGUUGCUAUAACAACCACCAACUUAACAGAACCAGUGCUGAGGUUUUUUGACACAUGUUCAGAAUAUCAACAGAAAGUUUCUAAGAAUAAAAGGAUAUCCUUAGCAGAAUUUCACAAGUUUCAAGAAGGUCCAGAAAUGAAUAAUUUGAAGCAAGUGCUUGCUCGUAGACUAAACAUCACUGAUCACUCCAGUUUUUCAACAGUUCACAUACAGCACAUGUUCUUAUCAUGUGCAUAUGAACUCGCUAUUUAUGGCGAAGGACAAUGGUGUAGUGUAUUGGAUGAUUCAGAUUUGGACAUUAUUGAAUAUUUUUAUGAUAUCAAAAAUUACUGGAAACGUGGUUAUGGGUACAGAAUUAAUUAUGAAAUGAGUUGCUUACUACUCAGAAAUUUGACUGAAUCAAUAGAAAAUGUGAUUCAAUCUUUAAAUACAUCAGAUCCUCACACUAAAACAAUUUUCCACUUCUCUCAUGCAGAAACUAUCAUACCAUUGCUGUGCCUCAUGGGGUUAUUCAAAGACGCUGAACCACUUCUAGCAAAUAACUAUGAGGAACACAAGAAUCGUUUGUUUAAGACAGCCAUUAUUGCACCAUUCGCAGGAAAUGUGGCAGUAGUUUUGUUUUCAUGCACAGGAGACAAUCCUGACUCAUUAUAUGUUCAAGUCCUAGCCAAUGAGGUACCAGUUGCUUUACCAUGCUGUAAUGCCAAGGAGCUGUGCCCAGUUCAUCAAUUUAGAGCAUGUUUUGAAAAUAUCUCUAAACAGUGUGAUUUUUCUAAAGUAUGUAACAAUCAGAGCCCAGUAGAUCACAAUGAACUUUGA